AGUUUUCGAAGGGCUAAAGCUAAGUUAUCAGAACAAAUUAUAAUUUAAAAGUUUUUCUCGUCUAUUGUGAAUUACAGAUCGUUUUAAAGCUAUUAAAUGAUGUAAACGCAUGCAUUAAAAUGAAAACAUCGCUGAAUAUAUAAAUGUAUGAAGCGAAUUUAUCGUAAAGAAGUGAAAAAUUGGAGUUUAGAAAAAAAGUAAACAAGUCAAAUACUUUCAUACAUUUUUUUUGUGAGAGCUUGGUCGUGAACAAAUUUUGAGAAAUAAUUUACAUCAAUAGUUAUAAAUUGUUAUAACUUGAGUUUUUCAUUAUGGAAUCGAAACAAGAGUUUCCAACGUUUUGUUAUAAUAUGAAAAAUAUUCAGGUGCUUGCACCCACAGCACAAGGAGGAAAUACCGUUAAUUUGGCGCAAAUUGAUGAUAACAACAAGACUAUUCAAUACAUUGCUCAACCAUUUACAACGUCUUACGGUCAGUCAUAUACACUCGUAAAUCCAGUUCAACUUGCUGGUCAGAAUGGACAAAUUGUUAUCAACAAACCCAUAAGUUCGAACACCAUUUCCAAUAUAAGCUUUAAAUGCGAUGUGUGUAGUCAAAUUUUCUCUCAUUUGACAUUAUUAAAUCAACAUAAAAGAACACACAACCAAGAAGACUCUCAUAAUGAUACUGUGACAGUUGUAACACAAAAUCAAGGCUUAAUUCAAGCUCAGAAUCUCAUCUCAGAGAGUGGACAAAAUCUUGGACAGAUUCAAAUUGUUGCUACUGAUUCAUUAGAGCCAGCACAAUUACAUCACACUUUAGGAGAUCAAAUAAAUUUGGUACAACAACAGCCACAACAUAAAGGCGAUAAGAAUAAAUGCAUAACAUGUGGUAGUCACAUUCAACAAAAUGCAAAGCGUAAAGGUCCAAAGCUUAUUCGUUGUGAGACGUGUAUUCAAAAUGACGUCAAUGCACAAAAUGUUCGACCGACACAGAUUUUUGUGUCACCUGAUGGUGAUAUUAAAUUUGAAGUGAAUGAAAUGAACCAGAAUAUUAUUCAAUUGCAAGGAGGUGUGCAAAAGCCUCCAACGAAGAAGAAAAAUGUAACAACAGUUACAAAAUGUACAACAUGUAAUGGAACUGGAGUUGUCAUAGUAACUGAGAAUCCUUCGUCGUCAUCACCAGUUACAAGUCCACAAAGUACAAAAAUAUCAUCAGCUCGAACGAUUACAACAACAUCACCACAAAAAGUACAGCAAGUACAAAUACAGCAUGUCAAGCAACACACAACAUCACCACCGCCACUUCAAAUGCAUCACCAAGUUCAGCAUCAUGCGCCACCAGCGAAUCAAGGUGCAAGACAGUCAGAAAAUGAUAAGCCAUUUACUUGUAACAUUUGUGGUGGUAAAUUCUCAAGAUAUUCAAGUUUGUGGAGUCACAAAAAGCUUCAUUCAGGAGAGAAGAACUACAAAUGUGAUCAAUGUUCGUCUUCGUUUGCAAAAGCAGUUUAUCUUAAGAAUCACAUGAGAAUUCAUAGUGGAGAAAAACCUUAUCGUUGCAACACAUGUGGAAUGACAUUCAGUCAGUCACCGCAUUUAAAAAAUCAUGAAAGAACUCACACUGGUGAAAAGCCUUAUGUCUGUCAGAUAUGCGAUAAAGGAUUUGCUCGUCAUGCAACGCUUUGGAAUCAUCGGAGAAUACAUACCGGAGAAAAGCCAUAUAAAUGUGAGAGAUGCAGUUCAGCUUUCUCUCAAGCGGCUCAUCUAAAGAAUCAUGAGAAAGUUCAUCUUGGAAUCAAGCCAUAUAAAUGCAAUAUCUGUGCUGGAAGCUUCAGUGACAAGUUUGCACUAAAACGUCAUACAAAUAUCCAUCAGAAAUAUGGACAAACAAUUCCUUUACAUGCUGAUGUGAAUGAAGAAACUCUUGGAGAUGAAGCAAUGCUUAAAGAGGAAGAUGAAGAAGACGAUUCGUCAAUGAAAGAUGACAUGAUUAUGACGGCAAUAUUCACACCGGAAGUAAUUUUUACAUCAUCAGAUGAUCUCGCGCCCCCGAGAACAAUAUUGAAAGCAACAAGAACACUUGUAGAUAGAAAAUUCAGCUUUCCGGCAAGUUUUCAUGCUUCAAAACUUUUAGCAAAUGAUUCAAAUGCGUUUGGUCGAACGUCGAGACGUUUGAGUAAUGUGAGCGAUAGAGUCACAGAUCGUGUAAGAAAAUUAUCAACAGCAAUUGGAUGGCAUCAGUCACCGUCAAAAGACAUUCUCUUAUCACAAGGAAAAUAUCUCAUCACUCUUUACAUCAGAUUUCGUUUAAAACGAGCUGCUUCUUUAAAUCAGCAAAAGAAAAAAAUUGGAUUACAGAAAAUGCAACGUACUUUGCUUAUUGGUGCUGACAUCAAAGAUGUUUACAUUGCUUUGAAAGAGGCAGCUUCAGUUCUCGAAGGUUUGCAUGCGAAAAUUUAUACAAAUGUAUCAAGACAGCUUUCUAAUUCGCCUAAAAGCUUAGAAAGUGCAGAAGAUAUCGCAAUGUUAUUAACAACAUUUGGAAAAAUUCUAUUUAAAAAUGACAUCACAUGGGGAAAAGUUAUAAGUUUAUUCUCGGUCACUGCUGGCUUAUCAAUUGAUUUAGUUCGACAAAAUCAGGAAGAUUACAUUCCAACACUUAUAGAAGGAUUUCUAGGUGUCAUUGAAGAUGAACUAAUACCUUUCCUAUCAGAGAAUAAUGGAUGGAUCUCAUUGCACAAUAGACUUCAAAAUAAAGAAAAAUCAGUUUCAACUGAGUGGCUAUAUAAUUAUCAAAUAUCAUUAAAAAGCAUGUCGAAAACGAAGAAAAAAUCUAAACAUCAAAGCGAUUCUGAUUCGAGUUCAUCAUCAAGUAGCUCUAGCUCAGAUGAAAGACACAAGAAAAGUAAGAAACAACCAACGAAAGAUAAGGAUAGUAAACCAGAACAUUCAAUAUGGGAUAGUCCACGAAAUCAAUCGUCAUCAUCCAGAAGACGAAAUCAUUCAGAGGAAAGACAAAAAGAACGAAAAAGAUCUCAUGAUCAAAUGGAAAGAGAUUCAAGACAAAGAAAUCAACGAGAUGACGACAGAAGGAAUGAUUCAAAUCGCAGACGUUCACCAGACCGCAGAGAUCGUGACGACAACAGGAGAAGAAGUCCAGAUGACCGUAGACGUCAUGAAGACUCAAGAGGAUAUCGCAAAGAUCAUGAUAGGGAUCGUCGUAGACGAAGUCGUUCAAGAGAUGAGCAAAGAGGAGGCAGAUUCAACAGACAACGAAGGCAUAAUGACAAGGAAGAUGACGAUGGCAACUAUGAAUGGGGUAAAAGAGGCAUAAAGAAAGAUCCUGAUGAGGAACCAGUGGAAAAAGACAAACCGAAUUUUGGAUUAUCUGGAAAAUUAGCAGAAGAUACCAACAAAGUUAAUGGCAUUGUUAUUAAAUAUGCUGAACCACCAGAAGCAAAAAUUCCCAAACGUCGAUGGCGACUUUAUCCGUUUAAGGGUGAAACAGCUUUGCCAACACUCUACAUUCAUAGGCAAAGUGCUUAUUUGAUUGGUCGUGAUCGAAAGAUUUGUGAUCUUGCUGUUGAUCAUCCUUCGUGUUCCAAACAACAUGCUGCAUUACAAUAUCGACUUGUACCGUAUGAAAGAGACGACGGAUCUUCAGGAAAACGAGUUCGACCUUACAUCAUUGAUCUGGAAUCUGCUAAUGGCACAUUUGUGAACAACAAAAAAAUUGAUUCGAAGAAAUUUGUCGAACUUUUGGAGAAAGAUGUCAUCAAGUUUGGAUUUAGUUCACGUGAAUAUGUUUUGCUUCACGAAGCAUCAAAAGAUGAAGCUGAAGAUGAUAACGUAGCGGAAGAAGAGGAACCACCAACAGUUGCCACUGCUGAAUAACUUUUUUCUUUAUUUUCUUGUCACAAUACGUAAAUAAAAACUUGUAACAACAAUGGAAAUAUUUUACAACA